GGUUGUUGUGUACAGUUUUCUGUGAGCAGCAUGGGAACACCGUGUAACCGUACACUCUCUUAUGAAAGAAAAUACCGAGAAUAAAGUUUUCUUCUGCUUUAUCUGGGGCCGGGUCACGGAGGCAGCAGUCUGAGCGGGGAGGCCCAGAUUUCCCUCUCCACGCACACUCCCUCCCUCCAGCUCUUCCGGGGGUAUCCCAAGACAUCCCCAGAGACGUAGUCCUUCCAGCGUGUCCUGGGUCUUCCCCGGGACCUCCUAACAUUUUAAGAUAGAUCAGAAAAUAGUGGCCUCCUCUUCGUCAUGAGACCUUAACAUAGUUUCAUUCAUCGGGCGUUAUGAGUGGUGCGGUGCUCGCGGUUGUGGUUGUUCUGGUUUUCUUCUUGGCCCUGUUCCUCCUGCACAGAUAUGGAGACCUGAAGAGGCAGCAGCGACUCGUGCUUUUGGGGACUCUGCUGGCCUGGUACCUCUGCUUCCUCAUCGUAUUCAUCCUCCCCUUUGACGUCAGCACGACCAUCUAUAAACGAUGCCUUGCCAACAGUGCCGCUGCAAGUGAAGAGUGUGAGCAGCCGUGGAGUUACAUCCCUGAGGGGGUCCUGCCCGUGUUCUGGAGAGUCGUGUACUGGACCUCACAGUUUCUAACAUGGCUUUUGCUGCCCUUCAUGCAGUCCUACGCUCAGUCAGGAGCUUUCUCCAGAAUGGGGAAAAUAAAAACAGCUCUAAUCAAGAAUGCAAUCUACUACGGGACCUACCUCGUCAUCUUUGUCUCUCUCCUCAUAUAUGUGGUCAUACAUCUCAAGUGGAAAUUCAAAUUUCGGGAGCUCCAGACGGUCUGUAUCACGGCAGCCAACACGUGGGGUCUGUUCCUCCUGGUUCUGCUGUUGGGCUAUGGGCUGGUCGAAAUCCCACGCUCCUGUUGGCUCUCGUCAAACCCGACCUACCUCCUCAACAAGACCUAUUUUAAAGUGGCUAAAAUGGCGAUAGAAAAGGCAGCUGCAGAGGAGGAUCUCGCCGAUGUUAUGGAGGAGGUUGCUGCUGUGCAUCAGUCUGUAAACAGCAACAAUUCUUUAAGGAAACGUGUGGAUACCAUCAUAUCAAAGUGUCCGGCUGUGUACCAGGAGGAAAUGACCAGAGAAAUAGACGGUUCACCUGUUUCACACGUUACUCCCAGCGUUGGAGGACUAGUUACACUCCACAAAAAGGUGAUCCUUUGUGUGCAGAGGAGCAACCGUGUCCUGGUGCAGUGGCCCCUCCUCUUAAACCAGGCGUUUCAUUUAGAAGAUGUGUCUAAGAGUAAGGCCUCUCCGGUCAGGUACUUCAUGCACAGCUUCGACUCAGAUCAACCUGCGGGAUGGGUCCAAAAGUUCCUCUAUACGCCCUCUGUUGAGUGGUACUGGGAGUGUGUUCUGAAGCAGGUGUUCUAUAAGAUGGUGGCCGUGCUCCUGUGCCUCCUCUCCGUCACCGUGGUCUGGUCCGAGUGCACGUUUUUCAGCACCAAGCCAGUGCUCUCCCUCUUCGCCGUCUUUGUACAAACGGCAGAAAAACAUUACAACUACAUCUGUAUUGAGGCAGGUGCAGCGUUCAGCUUAAAAGAUCCCGAAACAAACGUAGAGAUUCGUGUGUAUAAUGUUUUUUUUUUUUGUUCUCUGCAGAUGGUGUGCUUUGUUGGCAUCCUCUUCCUCUGUGUCUGUGUUUACUCCACCGUCUUCAGCAUCAGAUUUUUUAACUACUAUUACCUGGUCCCGCACCAUCAGACCGACUCCUACAGCCUGCUGUUCAGUGGCAUGUUGUUUUGCCGUUUGACGCCUCCUUUGUGCCUUAACUUCCUCGGCCUUAUUCACAUGGAUUCAUCGGUUUCACAGCAGAUCAUUCCAACAUCCUACACGUCUGUCAUGGGUUCGAUGAGUCUGCUGUCCUUCAUUUCUAACGGGUUCUACAUUUACUACCCCAUGCUCAUUCUGUUACUCUGCUUUGCCACGUAUUACAAUUUCGGUUCUCGCUGUUUGAAUCUCCUGGGCUUCCAUCAGUACAUUUCAGACGAUGAAAUUACGUCUGAUCUUGUGGAUGAAGGAAAAGACCUUAUAAGAAGAGAGAGAAGAAAAAAACAGAAAAUGGAGGGAGACAAUCGUGGAGCGACGUGGAGGGAGCGUUACGCAGAGGACAGAAACGGAGCCACUACAGCUGGAAAGAUUAAAAACUCUGUUGUUCAGUUCACCAAGAGAGAUCCUGUGUUAGAAGAGCAGUCUGUGGGUUUAUUACAGGAUUGCAUUGAGGAUUCACCAGACACAAGAUCCUCACCAGGAAGUUACCGGUCCAUUUCCCAUUCCAGAGUAAACAUCUUUGACGAUAUUUAACUGGAUUUAAAGGGCCGUAUUGUGCUGUUUUUAGUUCAGUGUCAUAAUGUUGUUUCCUUCUCCAAAACAUACCUGACGUCAGAGUCCUGCACCGGGUCGGGUACUCACAGGUACGGGCAAAUAGUCGCUGAAAAGGGCGGGUUUUAACGUUCUGGAAUUUUUCGAGCGGGUAGGCGGGCGGGUAGUAAUUACAUACAGGCAGGUCAGGACUAAACCAGGACUACACCAGGACUAAACCAGGUCUAAACGAGGACUGAACCAGGUCUAAACCAGGAUUAAAUUAGGACUAAACCAGGACUAAACCAAGUCUAAACCAGGUCUAAACCAGCAUUAAACUUGGAAUAAACCAGGUCUAAACCAGGACUGAAUGAGGUCUAAACCAGGAUUAAACUAGGUCUAAACCAGGUCUAAACAAGGACUGAACCAGGUCUAAAUCAGGAUUAAACUAGGACAAAACCAGGACUAAACCAGGUCUAAACCAAAAAUGGACCCGUGCAGGACAGAGUUACUCAAACAUGUGAAUGAAACAAAACACAACUCCCGGUGUGUUUUUGAGGAGAAAACAACAUUAUAACAUGACUCAAAGCUCACAAGAGUCAGACCUUUAAUGCUUUACCGCAUGUUCUCUGGAUAUCAUGACAUUUCAUCCAACCAGGAAUUUCUUGGGACAUUGUCAAAAUAUUUAUAGUAGAAUGUUUUUGUUUGUAAUGUUUUUGAAAAUGUUAAAUUAUGAAUACACAAAAACAGACACGACAACUCCAACCGUUUACUCCAGUAUCCUUAAUCAUUUCUUUAAGUUAAUAUGUUGUAGUUUUGUUAAUCAUCUGUACUGUAAUGACUGUGAUAGUGAAUGUACUGGUAACCCCUUAAUAAUAACUACAACUUAUUUUGCCUUAAAGCUGCACUGCGUAACAUUCCGAGUGGAAGUUCCGCUGUCUGAUGUCUCCAUGGAGAUGUUAUUGUUUUGUCUAGAAUGUUCAACAGCAUAGAUUAUAGAAAAAACAAAAAGGUAGAAUGUUCUCUUGGAAAUUGGAUCAAAACUUUGGACACAACGAAAUCCAGGCGCUCCAGAAAAGUAAAAGUUGCAUACGGAAAAGUAUCGUUAAAAGGCUUUUAUUUAAAUGGCCAAAAAAAAUAAACAGAGGCCUAUUAACGAUACUUUUCCUUGUGCGACUUUUACUUCUUUGGAGUGCUUGGUUUUCAUUGUGUUUAAAGCAGGAUUGUCCAAACUUUUUUCAUCAAGAGCCACAUAUUUAAACACAGACGAAGCAGAUGGCUGAUCAAGGGCUGUAGACUGGUGCUCAAUACAUUGAAUAAUUUAAAUAUGUGCAUGUUUAACACGUUAGAACAUUAUUCACGCUAGCAUCCUUAAAACCUCACACUAAAAAUUAAAUAUCGGCUUUAUCCAGGUAGAUUUUCAAAAAUCUUGCAAUAAAAAUUACAUUUUUCAUUGAUGCAAGGUAAUUUGGGCCAAUUCUCCUGGAAGCCUGAGGGCCAAAAAAUUUGUCUAAAGGCCGCAUUUGGCCCACGGGCCAUAGUUUGGACAUGCCUGGUCUAAAGCAUAGAUUACAUGAAACAGAAAAAGCACACCAAAGUUCUUAGUUCUUAGAGGUGCAAAUGCAAUAGCCUGAUUCAUCAGCCGGUUUCACUUCGUAAAAACCGUGUGACCUCGCAGCGUUAGAAUUUGUUUGCUUGACAGUAGGCGGGUACUUUUUUCUUUAACCAAUUACUGCUAUUUGGUCGUGACGUAUGUAAUGCACUGCUAACGGGGCUAACUGGUAUAUUAAGCUUUUCCCAAAUCCCAUAGGAAGAAGGGAAAUAACGUUUUUCCCCAGCUCUCGACAUAAACAUCUCAGGUUGAGCGGUCAGAUCCACUGACCCACAGGUUGGCUGGUGUGAUUCCAGCUCCCACAGAUGAAUGCUGUCGUUGUGUCCUUGGGCAAGACACUUAACCCACCUUGCCCACAGUGUCUGUGUACACUGGUGUGUGAAUGGGUGAGUGGUUCCUUGUUGUAAAGCGCUUUGAGUGCCUUGAAGGUGGAAAAGCGCUAUAGAAAAAUGUGACCAUUUACCAUAAAAUUCACCAAACAUUCUCUUUGUUCCGGCUUUAAAUCCUCGAUCUCGGGAAUCUUUGCCAACACAAAAUGUAUGGCUCUUCACUGAUUGGAACUCGUUCUUCCGGGUUUUUGCAAACCGUCUAGUGUAUUCCGAUUCCUGACCUAGUCGCUGGAGAGAAAUAAAAUUGAGCAAAGGCACUAGGUGGUGCCAGCCUGACUUCAAAUGCAAGGAACAGCAAAAUAAAAGUGAAAAAAUGCAUAGCACACAAAAUGGUCACCAGGCCAGGUGCUCAUAUAUGCUCUGUCUUAUAUGAGCACCUGCGCUGGGAACCAUUUUAUGUACUGUGAUCCAAAGUAAGAAUAAAAGCUUUUGGACAUUGGCCAUCUGAGUGUGCUAUGCAUUUUUCACUAUUAUAAAGCACAGAUUACACCUCUGUAUCACAAGGGAUACAAGCAGGCUACAGCACUACACUACAUUACAGGUCAGAUCUGUGGAGAGUCGCCCCUGUUCACAGAAGGAAUUAUUAUUAUAUUUUUGAGCAACAGAAACACUCGUAAUAAAUAAAUGCUAGAUGGAAAUGUUUAAAGUCAUACCAUGUAACAUUCCGGGCUAAGCCAUAACAUCUCCAUGGUGACAAGUGGUUGCGGACUCUCCACCAGAAAAAAGUCCCACAGUGCAUCUUUAAUAAAGUACAAGACAUAUUUCAUAAUGUACAAAUAGUUUAGGAAUGAUUCAGGCUUUAUAACUUCUGGGUUAGGUUAGGAGUUACAGGAUUCAGUAGUUGUUAAACUUGAGUCAUAUAAUUAACUAUUUGUUCUUUAUUAAAGGUGCAUUGUGUAACUUUUCUAUGUCUUUUCAUGGAGACCAACCCAGACCAAGAUCUGUGCAGAGGCGACGCCGCUCACAGUCAGAAUGUCUGUUUUUCGAUGUAUUUUCGAGCUGUAAAACAACCUGUAAUUGAAUAAAAGUAAGGUAGAACCGUUUAAAGUCACACUGUGGAACAUUCCAGGCAGAGCAAUGAUUUCUCCAGCAGGUGAAAUGUUAUACAGUGCACCUUUAAGACUGUAAAUAGUUAUCGAAAUGUUACCGAUGCAUUGAAAUCGUGUGUAGUUUUUUUUUUCUCCACCUUCCAAUUGUGCCUAAAAUUCAUAAAUUGCAAACAUUUUGACUCGUACUUUGUGAACAUCUUUGUAUGUAAUUUAUUAUUAAAAUGCAGGACAAUUUCAA